UCCUAAAAAGAACCAAAAGUAAUAUACACCCAAAUUAAGUCAUUGUAUUCGAGGUUAUUGUUUGCACUUUGCAGCAGAGAUUUCCUUUUCAUGUCUUUUUCUUACAUAAACUCAAAACACCUCUUCCAAAUACAUAUUUUCUCUUUCUUGGACACUGUACCAAUCAAUACUCUCUCUCUCUCUCUCUCUGUGUCUGAGCUUUGACUGACCACAUGAUUGAAGAAAAUAGAUGAAAAGAUCAUCAUCAUCAGGUUGAAAAUUGAGAUGCAGGGAGCAGAAGAAGAGCUGGAGAGGAGAAGCAAGUUCUUGAACAGUUUGAUACAGAAGAAGAAGAAUGCAGCUGAGCAGAAACAGAAUCAUGAUCGCAUGAAUGUGCGUGUGAGGGCUUCGGAUAUGCCUCUGCCUCUGCAGAAUCACGCCUUCAAAACUGCUAGAGACAUUCUUGAUUCCAUGGCUUCUGUCAAGCUCGACAGCAAACGCCUUGCUCUUUCCCUUAAAAAGGAGUUCGACUCAACAUAUGGUCCGGCUUGGCAUUGCAUUGUUGGAAGCAGCUUCGGCUCAUAUGUGACGCAUUCGCUUGGAGGCUUCUUGUAUUUCUCCAUUGAUAAAGUGUAUGUUCUUCUCUUCAAGACUGCCGUCGAGCCUUUGGAACAAUGAUCUACCAUUUCUCUUAUCUUCAAUCGACCUUCUUGCUCAUACAAAAAUGUAGUUGGAUUGAGGGGGACAAAAAGACCAAAGAAAAAGGGCAAAUUCAUCAGUAGAAAUGAAAAAAGGACAUGAUUUUGGUUGAAUGUAGUGCGAUGCUUUUUUGAAUGUGUUAAUGAAGUUGCUAGUAGAUUUUUUUUUUUUUUGUUUAAAUAAAUUUCAUUUUGGAUUAUUCUAAAAGGGUUCAAACUAAGUUCAUAUGUACCAGGAAAGUUGAGAGAGAUAGUAGGAGUCAAAUUAUUACAUAUAUCAUGGUCGAUUCUAAUGAGAACAUAAACUUUUUAUUUA